AUGUUUAACAAACCAAUAACACUAUUACUCACAGCAGGUGUAGCUCUGUCAUCGGCGCUACCCAUCGACUUGAAUCACUAUGUUGAGUCUUUAGAACAAAAGAUUCUCAACACUCCAAUCUUCAAGUCCCCUUCUUCUUCUUCCUCUUCUUCUUCUUCCUCUUCUUCCUCUUCUAAAAAAAUCUCAUCCAAAUACGGAAAAUUCUCUAUCGGCUCUCUCAUUCCACAAGCCGAUUAUGAGAAUUGGAUUAGCAAUGAAUCCGAUUAUGCUUUUGAAUCCAUCAUUCGUAACAUUGGUGGCUACGGUACUGGAAUCGAUGAUGCUCUUCCAGGUACUGUUGUGGCUAGUCCUUCAAGAACUCAUCCAAAUUAUUACUAUCAGUGGACUCGCGAUGCUGCAAUUUCAAUCAAUAAUUUGGUUUUACAACAUGCUGAUCAGCGUGCAAGGAACUCUACCUUAUGGAGUAUCAUUACCGAUUAUGUUUACUUGAUGCACAAGAUUCAAAGAGUCAGCAACCCAAGCGGAACUUUUGCUGACAUGCAGGGCCUCGGUGAACCCAAGUUUGAAGUUGAUGGAAAGGCCUUUACUGGAAACUGGGGUCGUCCUCAGCGUGAUGGUCCUGCUCUUCGUGCAAUCACUAUUUCUAAUUUUAUUAAUACCGAAGUCAAGUACAAUUCCUCAGUUUCCUUUGAUACUUACCGUGACAUUUUCAACAAUAUUGUCCGUUACGAUCUGGACUAUGUGGCUGCUUACUGGCACCAGGAUGGCUUUGACUUGUGGGAGGAGAUUAAGGGCAAGCACUUCUACACCUUCAUGGUCCAAUAUAGCUCUCUUGUCGCUGGCUCUAAGAUUGCAAAGUCUAUGGGCUACCGUGAUGCUGCGUCCUACUAUGCAACCCAAGCUGAAUACAUGGCUGCCUUUAUUAAAGAAAAGUUUUGGAACAAUACCAGGGGCCACUUGAUUGAGACUUAUGGCCUCGAGUACCGUUCUGGUUUGGACUCGGCCUUGUUUUUGGCCUCGCUUCACUCUCUCGACGUUUUGAACUGGGAUGGUCAGGGCACUGUUACUGACUUAUUCCCUCCCUACAGCGAUGAGGUUUUGUCUUCGCUUUCCCAAUACAUUGAAUCAAUGCGCAACCUUUACCCCAUCAAUUCCGUCCGUAUGGCCAAGUUCACCGAACUAGGAUUUAACUCAUCCAUGGUUGGCAUUGGUGUUGGUCGUUACCCUGAGGAUAUUUACAAUGGUGAUGGCACUUCUGUCGGUAACCCAUGGUUCCUGUGCACUUCUACUGUUUCCCAGAAUUUGUACUUGCUUGCUGACUAUCUUGCCUCUCGCCCUACCUCUUUCAACCUUGUUGUUAAUGGCUUGAAUAAGGGCUUUUACGGAUUGUUUUUAAAUGGCCAAGAAGGUUUUGAUUGGUCGGAUCCUAAUGACUAUGUUCUUAACAGAGAUUCUGAUGUUUACAACUUUUUGAUAAAGAUGGUUAUCGACUAUGCGGACUCAUUUUUGGAUGUUGUUCGUGAACAUCAGGAUAAUGAAGGUAACCUGAGCGAACAGUUCAACAGAUACGAUGGAUUCAUGACUGGAGCUCGGGAUUUGACUUGGAGUUAUGGUGCAUUCUGGCAGGCUGUUCGCCAGCGUGAAAUCACUCUGAAGAAAUUUAAGCUUGCAUGA